CUCAUACCUUGGAUGGCGUUGAUCUCUCACCUUCAUUAACACUCUCAUGGACGCUAGUUUCCAUCAACCCUUUCUUCCAGUGUCCUGCAAAGUGCAAACUACUAGGAAAGUUUCACCGCCUUUCGUCUCAAUUUCUCACCUAAAUACAUUCAUAUCGUGUUUGUUUUUCCUUAAAAAUUUCAGUUAAGCAAAAAAAGCUCACGAAUCACUUCAAGCCAUGCCCACCAAUGUAAACUUCUCAGGUGUUUCCAAUUGCUAUGUUUUCAAGAGUCAAUUGCAGGAAUAUGCGCAAAAAGCGGGUCUUCCUACACCUGUAUACGAGACUAUCAAGGAAGGUCCUUCCCAUGAACCGUCAUUUAGAUCGACGGUGAUAGUAAAUAAUGUUAGAUAUGAUUCUUUGCCUGGAUUUUUUAAUCGCAAGGCAGCAGAGCAUUCAGCUGCUGAAGUUGCUCUCAUGGAGUUGUUCAAGACUGGUGAAAUCAAUGAAAGCGUCUCUCAACCCGUUCACGAGACAGGCUUGUGCAAGAAUCUACUACAGGAGUAUGCGCAGAAGAUGAAUUAUGCAAUGCCAGUAUAUCAGUGUCAGAAGGAAGAAGCAUUGGGGCGGUUGUCUAGCUAUUCAUGUACUGUUGAGAUUGGAGGCAUUCGGUACAUUGGAGCUGCAGCAAAAACCAAAAAGGAAGCAGAGAUCAAAGCUGCCAGAAUUGCUUUACUGGCUAUUCAAUCAAGUGCAUCUGAGUUGCCUGAUCAGUCAUUUGGCAACUCUCGGCUAAUGGUUAUUCCUUGCAGAAAGAGAGCAUCAGAGAUGGCUACUAAUCCUGACGAGACUGUGAAAGUUCCCAAAGCAAAGAAAGCCCGGUUCAAGAAGAAAAUGUUGAAAAGAAAACUCUCUGGGAAAAAUACUGAUUGUUCUCACGAUAAAAGAAAUGAUAUUUCAGUUGUUGGUUCGGAUGAUCUGCUAAAAUCAGAAUGGGUUCAAACUGAUUCUUUUACCAUAUUGAGUUCAGAAACUUUAGGUACUGAAGUUAUGGGGAUUCCCCAAGAUACAAAGAUAGAGACUGACUUGAGCGAGCGAGAUACACCUUCUGCAGAUGUUGCAUUGGCUCACCAGAGAAAAAUGGAGAUGAAACAAAAUUUACUGAAGAGGGUUAUCCGGCAUGGACGAGAUCAAUCGAGUAAAUGCUACCCAAAACAACAUAGACAUGGUCUGAGGUGCCGGAAACAAUGCCGCCGCCCCUCAACACAUGAGCGAGCUAAGACACCAAGAACCAGCCCAAGUAAGGCUACCCAAAUUAUAUCUUGGUUCAUGCUUUUCAACUUUGACGCCAUUAUAAGACACUAAGAACCUCAAUUCCCCUCUUCAACCUUUUUUUCUGUAUUAACUCUCUGGCUUAUUCUGAAACAGGAAAGAGUUGUGCCUUUACCAUGAUCCCACAGCCCUCUUAUACAUUGUUUCAGAAACCAUUUAUUAUUAACAAAUGUCAUUCAAUAAAAAAAUAUGGUAGUAGGAAAGCUUGUUUGGUCAACACUAAUGGG